UACCGGCAAGAGUUUCAGUUUGUCGCAUCUGCUACAGCAUGUGAGGACAAAUACAAAUCAACAACUUGCCUUGCAUUUUUCCCAGCAGCAGUAGAACCUAUGGGAACAGCAGACAGAGACGCAGCUUGCUUGACGGUAUACGUAAAAGCUUUUGCCAUCGCCAACUGCCCAAAAACUUGUGGCUAUUGUUGUAUGACUCCCGAGUACAAGUGCACCAACAAAGACUUUCCAAGAGUGAAAUGUUCGAGUGUCACCCCAGCUCAAUGUAGAGAUCCAUCGUGGAGACCAAUUCUGGCUGAAGACUGCCCAAAUGUGUGCGGUUUCUGCCUGGAAGGUGGAUGUGUCGAUACCGUAAUCGAAUGUGAGAAUGAUCCAUCCAUCUGCAGAAAUGUUGAUAUGCAAGACUUUGUUAAGACUAACUGCAUGAAAACCUGUGGAUAUUGUCCGUCAGCCACUACCGCUGCUACUGCUGCCACCGUCACAACAGGUAGCUUUUACUGUGCCAACUGGGUGAGGAAAGGAUUCUGCACCAACUCCUUCUACACUGCCGCGGACAGGAAGAAGUACUGUGCCAAAUCAUGCAACAUCUGCUAG